AUGGCAUUGAUAGCACCGGUCACUCUGCUUUUUACUUUUUCUCAAAUAUCACUUGCGCAGGCCGAUCAAACAGAGGGUUGGCAGUUUGAUGACAACUCUCGCUCGAGCUGGGAUAUUUUCUGGACAUGCGUGUCAACGAUUCUUGCAUGUACAUGGACAGCUUUGCAUCUAAAAGUUCCAAAGCGAUCCGAGCACAAUGGAGACACGAUGUCUAAAAAACUCCCAACGUGGACCUGCGCGCUACUUGCUCCCGAAUUAAUGGCCAUGGUUGCUGUGGGGGGAGCUCCGACAGGCAAUAUCAAUUCAUUGGAUAGCAACAAAGACUCGAGUUCAGGAAACCUUCCUCUACACACUGCAAUUUCAUCCUAUGAUAAACCAGACUCGCGGAAAUCCUGGACAAUAUGCGCGGUGCGAUACUGGUCACGGACGAUGAAUGGACCUACCCAGUUCUACCGAGCAAUGUUGCCCCCCCUAAUCGAGACUGGGGUCAUCAAGCACUCUCAUUUGAGAGAGCGCGACAUUCAGGACAGAGCUAAAGCUGACUCUUUCGCAAAGGCGUUCACGAUGCUGCAAACCUUCUGGGUCACCUGCAAUAUUAUUGCGCGGGCAGCAUACAAUCUCCCGAUAACGCCGCUUGAGAUUUCUACCGUGGCUUACGCCGUCUGUGCUGGAAUCACCUAUGCAGUUUGGUGGCACAAACCCAAAGAUAUGGUAACACCCAUCAUGAUCUAUUUACCCUAUGGUCGUGAAAGUGACGCAAUGCCUCGUCGGGUAAGAGAAAUUUUGGACGAGCAUGAAUCUGGUUGGAUUCAUUUAUCCGAAGCCUUUCCUGAAGAUUCUUCUCGAUCUGUUUUCACGAAAGUGGUCACUUUCCCCUUUCGGCUCUUGAUCUUUACCAUCAGUCUUUGUCUGCCUGUCAAAUGGGUGAAAAGAAAGCAUAUGGCCAGGCGUGAUUCCUCAAAAAAUAGAAUAUCUAAAUCGUCAUCUAAGCCCCCGUCCAAGAACUUGAAACCUCGUACUGUCUCGGAGGCAAAGCAAUCAGCCACACCGGAACAGAACUACAUGGCGGAACAGAACAGACUCAAGGAUGAGGAUGAAAAAUUGACCGUCAAGGAGAACAUGAUCCUUGAUCUUUGUUCCCUGCUGAUUGCUUUACUGUUUUGCGGAAUACAUGUUGCUGCGUGGAACUUUGUCUUCCCAACCAAAGCCGAGCAGAUAUCCUGGCGAGUCUUUUCGCUUAUUUCAAUGUCUCUCCCUUUGCCAGUGGCUCUUCACUUCCUCUGGAUUCAUUGGAAACUCUACCGUGAGUCAGGCGAUAAAGAUCGUCUUAUAUCUAACAGCGAAGGAUACGGGGUUUGGGAAGCCUUGCUCUUCAUAAGUCUCUUCGUUGUGUAUUCGAUCGCCCGCUGGGGAAAUAUCGUGCUUAUGUUUACGUCGAUGAGAGCACUACCUACUGGAUCCUAUAUCGCGAUUGAUUGGUUAUCCUCGAUUCCACACAUAUAA